CAAAAAUCAACAUGUCGAGCAAAAAGGCAAAGACGAAGACCACCAAGAAGCGCCCUCAGCGCGCCACUUCCAAUGUAUUUGCAAUGUUCGAUCAGUCGCAGAUUCAGGAAUUCAAGGAGGCCUUCAACAUGAUCGACCAGAACAGGGAUGGCUUCAUUGACAAAGAGGACUUGCACGACAUGCUUGCCUCCCUUGGAAAGAAUCCAACGGAUGAAUACCUAGAUGCCAUGAUGAAUGAGGCUCCAGGCCCCAUAAACUUCACAAUGUUCCUCACAAUGUUUGGUGAGAAGUUAAAUGGCACUGAUCCGGAAGAUGUAAUCAGGAAUGCUUUUGCUUGCUUUGACGAAGAAGCAACAGGGUUCAUCCAAGAAGACUACCUGCGGGAGCUGCUGACGACGAUGGGAGACAGGUUCACAGAUGAAGAGGUAGAUGAGCUGUACAGAGAGGCACCCAUCGACAAAAAGGGGAAUUUCAACUACAUUGAGUUCACGCGCAUCCUGAAACAUGGCGCUAAAGACAAGGAUGACUGAGCAAAGCUCCAGAUACCUGCGGAUAGCUUCUCCCCUGCCCACCAUUAAUUUUAUUUCUCAGGAUCUAUUUUUUCCUUUUUUUCCUGUUGGAACCUUUUGCAUACAUUUUUAGCAUUCCAGCUUUUUCCUCUGUGGACUCUGGGGCUGCUCAGGCACAGUUACUGCAGUGUAAUAAGACUGGAAAUGGGCAGGGAGAGAGGACAGCGUACAGUGAUAGAGGUUUAGGGACAGAGGUCGGUGUGUGCGGAGGCCCAGGUGAAAGUGUCAGUGCUACUCUUCUUAGCUAG